UGUACGGCGUUGUCGUCUGCUGAGUUGACACCCGGCCGUCGCAUUCGAAAGUGGUGCGUGGUGCUGGGUUGUAGUCGAAGCAUCUGCAAGGUUCGUUUUCUCACAGCGUGAGGUAAUUGCGGUCGUAAUGGCUGUAGAAGGAAUGGAAUACGAGGCUAUUAUCCAGGAUGGACCUAAGAAGGUCUCUCUAGCUACACACAUCGAUAGAGACCAAAUCAGGGAAGCAUACGAUGAUGUACGUUCAGACAGCACCCCUACAGAAUGGGCAGUAUUCAAGUUUGAAGGAAGCCGUAUUGUGUGCUCUGCAAAGGGUAAGGACUUUGACCAGUUCAGAGAGCAGUUUGGAGAUGAAGAUAGAGCCUUUGGGUACAUAAGGAUACAGAUGGGUGACGAGAUGAGCAAGAGACAAAAGUUCCUAUUUGUGACGUGGGUGGGCCCGUCUGUUGGAGUGAUAAAGAGAGCAAAGAUGAGCACUGAUAAAGCUGUCAUCAAGGACAUUAUUGCUAACUUUGCUGUUGAACUGCAGCUGGAGAGUCAAGCAGAGCUGGAUAUAGAUUACUUCCGCAACCACCUAGCACGUGCCGGUGGUGCCAACUAUGGGACUGGAGUAAGAGACCUCUGAGGGUCUAAUUUUUGCCCUCAGUGUGUGUGUCCACCUGAACUCUUGUACAGUGAUACAUAAAAUUACAUGGAAUGGAUGCAUUUCACAAAAAUCUCUUAUGCAGAAACUUUAAAACAGAUCUCAGAAUUAAGAUUUGUGCUACUACUGCAUUAAAACUUAAAAUUGAAAAACUGUAAUGAAAAAUCAUGUUCAUUGUGCUACAGUCAUCACUGAAGGAGCUGUGCUCUUAAAUAUCUGAAGUUUAGAAUGCAUUAAAUUUUGACAACUUUUGCCCAGUAAAUGGGUUAGAAUUCAAUGCCUCUGCCUAAUUGUGCAAUGACUCUUAACAAUAGUCUGUAUAAAAUGAAGCAAAUAGAAAUUUAAGCUAAACUUUGAUACAUUCUGAAAUGUGAGACAAAACAAAAGUUUUUUUUACAUAGCUUAACUAACUUUAAAUUUGUUUCCAUAAGGAUUAUUAAGGAGCAUUAAGAGCUCACAUGUGUGAGACUGGCAACUAGUCAAUUACUUUUUAACAGAAAUGCAUCAGGGAUCUAAGUAAAUGGUAAUGAAAAAAUCCACUGGUGAAUUGAAAAUCUUGUAAUUUUUGGUGAAGAUUAUUUUGUACAAAUAAUUUUACUGAUAUGUGUAUUCCUUUACAAUUAACUGGCGACUGCUGUGGACCAAAUUUUUUCUGGAAGUUAAAUUUUGUAGCUUUUUAUUAUAUAUGAAUGUGCACAAUUUUACAACUUUGCAUAUAUGCCUCCACAAAGAAAAAAAAGCAUUGCUAAAAGACUGGUAUCUACAAAGCUCAAAAAUUUUGGAGGCAACAUAUUUGCAGUCUUUUUAAAUCUCUCCAGCUUUCUGAAACAUUUUAAUGGAAAUUUGGUAUAACAUGCAAAACAACACUUAGUAUCAAAGAAUUUAUAUAUUAUACAUUUUAAACUGUACUAAUAUGGUAACUUCAUACAUUUCCAUGUAGACAUUAAAUGAGGGUUUAAAAAAUUACAGUGUUACUAUAGUUUUUGGAUCAACAUUUAUAUGAAAUAAAAUUUUCUGUCAAAA